UCGAUUGUAACUUUUUCGCGAGGAGAGUUAAACGGGAGUUUUGUCUGUUUUCGGGGGAAACAAUGAUUUCAGAAUAUUUAUUUUAAUCCUUCAAAAUAUCAUUGUGUUCUAUAUUACUUUUAAAUGGCAAGAAAAAAGUAACAGGAGUUUAAAUUACAGUUACAGAAAUACUUUGAAGAAAUCCCGCGACAGUAUUUGAAUCUCACCAUAAAACCGUCUGUCUGUGACUGUACUAAUUCUUUCAUGGCUUCUUCCGAGGCUGUAGCUACAGAGCUACUAAUAUAGCUACCUAGCUAGCUAACCGUGUUUUUUUGGAUAGCUAGUUAGUUUUUCGACAGACGUCGGUUUCUGUUGUUUUUCCGUACAUUUGAUCUUGUACAAAUAAAUUGUCUUCUAGUAGCUCAUCAUAUCCCGGGGCCGUAGACUACGUAGUUUACAGACACAACGGGUAAAUUUUAUAUUCUUCAGAGUCGGAUCAUAAUGCAUUGCUAGCUGCCAGGCUAGCUGCCGAACAGUCUAUUUCAUGUUUUUUGGGAAGGAAAUAGAAGCUAGUUAGACCUUCGUGUCCUUUGUUUCAGAAAGGACGCGCUUAUUUUUUAUUUUUAUUUUAGAGAUAGAAAUAUAUACAGUUGAGUUGGUGUGGUUUGACGCAUCAUGGCUCCCCAGAAGCACGGUUCGGGCGGCGGUUCUGGCCCCGGUUCGGGCUGCGGUGCCGGCAGUAAGGCGAACGGCGGGAUGUACCCGUCCUCCGGCGUCGUCAUGGCCGCGGUGAAGAAGCCCAAGAUGGAACUAAUUCAAGCAGACCAUGAGCUCUUCUUACAGGCCUUCGAAAAGCCAACCCAAAUUUACAGAUUUCUUCGCACCAGGAAUCUUAUUGCGCCAAUAUUCUUGCACAGAACACUUACAUAUAUGUCACAUCGAAACUCAAGAACAAAUGCCAAAAGGAAGUCUUUCAAAGUGGAUGACAUGCUAUUUAAAGUGGAAAAAAUGAGAGGAGAGCAGGAGUCGCACAGUGUUGCAUCACAUCUUCAACUUACUUUCACUGGAUUCUUCCAUAAAAUUGAAAAGCCAUCACAGAACUCAGAGAAUGAACAAAACUCAGUGUCUUUAGAGGUGCUCCUUGUCAAAGUUUGCCACAAAAAGCGGAAGGAUGUCAGCUGUCCAGUCAAGCAAGUGCCUACAGGGAAGAAGCAGGUGCCUUUGAACCCUGACUCCAGCCAAAGCAAGCCAGGCAACUUUCCCUCGCUGGUAGUCUCCAGCAGCGAGUUUGAGCCCAGCAAUAGCCACAUGGUGAAGUCCUACUCACUGCUCUUCCGAGUGUCACGACCAGGAAGAGGAGAGCUUAAUGGCUUGGCAAAUGGGGAAAUGGAGAACAUUGAUAUGAUGGAAGAACUUCCAAGCAGAAAGAAGAGGAAUGCUACUCACAGAGUAGAUGGAGAGACCACUUAUGUGGCCCAGAUGACAGUCUUUGAUAAAAACAGGCGUUUGCAGCUGCUGGAUGGGGAGUAUGAGGUAUCCAUGCAGGAGAUGGAUGAUUGUCCUGUCAGCAAAAAGAGGGCCACGUGGGAAACCAUUCAGGAUGGCAAGUGGCUGCCCCCAUUCGACACGUUCUCUCAGGGCCCCACGCUGCAGUUUACCCUGCGUUGGACAGACGAGGCUGACGAGCGCUCCACUGCCCCUGUGGCCAAGCCGCUGGCCACGCGCAACUCAGACUCGGCACUGCCAGAAAGCCGGCCUAACACUAUUAGACCUACCGUGGCAGUAGCUGUUAAAGAUUCAAUUACCACAGACAUCCAGACAAGAAAAGAACAGGUUGUUGUUGAACCUCGGCAGAAGCUACGUAUCUUUUAUCAGUUUCUGUACAACAAUAACACACGACAGCAGACGGAGGCCCGUGAUGACGUUCACUGCCCCUGGUGCACUCUGAACUGCCGCAAGCUCUACAGCCUGCUGAAACACCUGAAGCUCUCUCACAGCCGCUUCAUAUUCAACUAUGUGCCUCACCACAAAGGAGCCCGAAUAGAUGUAUCCAUCAAUGAGUGCUAUGAUGGCUCUUAUGUGGGGAACCCUCAGGAUAUCCACAGCCAGCCAGGCUUUGCCUUCAGUCGCAAUGGCCCAGUUAAGAGGACUCCAGUCACGCAUAUCCUGGUCUGUAGGCCAAAGCGCACAAAGCCAAGCCUUUCGGAAUUUCUGGAGUCAGAGGAUGGGGAAUUAGAGCAGCAGCGUACCUAUGUGAGUGGCCACAACCGGCUGUACUUUCACAGCGACAGCUGCCUGCCACUGCGCCCCCAGGAGAUGGAUGUGGACAGUGAGGACGAGCGAGACCCCGAAUGGCUGAGGGAGAAGACUAUUACGCAAAUAGACGAGUUUACGGAUGUGAAUGAGGGUGAGAAGGAGGUGAUGAAGCUCUGGAACCUGCAUGUGAUGAAGCAUGGGUUCAUUGCUGACAAUCAGAUGAACCAGGCCUGUAUGCUGUUCGUGGAGAAGUGUGGCGCACAAAUCAUUGAGAAGAACCUCUGCCGCAACUUCCUCCUUCACCUAGUCAGCAUGCACGACUUCAAUCUGAUCAGUGUGUUGACCAUAGACAAGGCCAUGGCACGUCUGCGGGCGAUGCAACAGCAUGGUGAGGAAGAGGAGGCACCAGGGCCAGCAGAGGAAGAAGAGCCACAGGAAACCACACAAAAUGGCAGCCACUCACCCUCUCCUGCGGACAGAGCAUGCCGCAGCGAUGAUCCUGUUGCGGCCUCAACAGAUGGCCCUAAACAGGCUAAGAGGCAGAAACUUUGAGGGGGCUGUCCUUCAGAAUUGACAGUUUUGGGCUUCCGAGGGAUGUGGCAUAGCAGGUGGGUAGGGUGGGGCAGGGCAGGGCAGGAAUUGGCUGAUGGAGUCAGAGGAAGCCUCUGAAACAGUGGUGUCUACAUUCCAAGCAAGCAGUGGCCAUGGAAAGUAUAGUAUUGGUGUCAGGUGGCACGGCUGGAUGAGUCUUAAUGAUCCGUUUUGGUAAUUUGUUAGCAAGCGUGAGCAUGUCUGACGACAAGAACAGUUUUUUGUAUCGGUACAACAGAACACCACAGUACCACCACAGGUCUUCAUUUCUUUACCAGCAAGUUGCAAUAGUGAUGGGAGCCAUAAUUGCAUAUUGAAAGUGAAAUGAUAUCUUCCAAAUUAAGUAUUUGCAUACCCCUCACCCCACCCCAUCUGCCCCUUGUGUCAUCCCUGAUAUGUCCUGUGAUCAAAAUGUAUUUGAGCACUUCACAGUCCUAUUUCUAGGUGCCUGUUUGGAAAGACAUUGUUUUUAAUAUAUUUUGAAUAGAAACAAAUCUGGGAAUUCGAUUCUAGGUUACUGGCUUUUUUGUCUCCAGAUGGCUAGUCUGAUGUAUUCUUCAAACUUGACAUGAACCUUUUUUUGAGAAAUAUAAACCGUUUUUGUUCUAAAACAGCUCAUUUCUGUGGCACCGAAUGGGGUCUAUCCAGCUCCAACGUGGCAUAGGGUAGUAAUAUGCAGCCCUGCCCAGUCUCUGCAAGAAUGCCACCAAGUGGAGACACAUGCAGUGCAGCACUGGACCUGUUACUGAACUAUAUGCAAGGAUGGUGGUCUGUCCACUGCAAUAUACAGGGUAUAAAACUGUAGACACUAAACAGGAAACAAUCUCUGGCAGUGUUCUGCUGCGUGCAGGAACAUUUAUUAAUUGUGCAAAUGUUUACAGAUUUUUUUCCAUGAAAAUGUGGAUUUUUUUUCUCCCCUUAGUACUAUGGCUAAGUCUUUGGCAUGGCCUAUGAAGUGUUGGUUUUCAAGUUCCGUUUUCCUAUGUGACUGCAAUGGUGUUCAUUGUAUCCUCACCGUUCAUCCACCUAAGGCUCACAACCGCUGCUGUUCCUUAAUACCAUCGUCUUCUCUUAUUCCCAUGUCUAAAAUACCAUCGCUGGAAGGGACCCCCAACCUUUAUUGGAAGUCUUGGAAUACACCUCUGAACUCUCUAGUAGAUCUUGUAUAUACAGUAUGUAUAAUGUGAAAUUUCUACUCAUCAUAGAUAUAAGAAAUGAUAGUUUUAAAAGCAAAAAAUGUGGGCUACAUUCAUCAGGAUCAUGUGUAUGAAAUAUGUAUAAAAACAAAAACGGUAAAAAAAAAAAAAAAAAAAAAAAGAUGAAGAGUUUAGAUUUAGUUUACAGACCAAAGGGGUGAUAUGGGUUUUUUUUUUUUUUAAAUUUUAUUUUAUUUUGUUAUCCUCCGAUUUUUGCCGGAAGAAAUGAGUAACUUUGUAUAUGCCAGGUCAGGUUUUGACAGGCAGGUCACAAUAGAAGUUCUUUAUUCUUUAUCCCCUCGAGUGGCUUUAAUUUGCUGAAGUUGUGCACAAGAAAAUCAUGGAUUGAAUUUCUCUUUGGGAAUACUGGCAUCAUUUGCACACGAUCCAAUGAGCCAGAGAACCCAGAACUUUGGUUUGGGGGGAACAAAAAUCAAGAUUUCAUAAAAUAACAUCAUAAAACCAGCUUAUUGAAGUUGUGAACUUUGUGAUAAAUGGGUUACGGAAAGUUUUGUUUUCUAUUUAAAAUAAAUUUUUUUU